UGUACCUUUUACGAAUUAUGGAUUUCAAGUGAAAUUACGUACCAGCAUGAAGGUUACUACUUUUGACAUCUUCGUCCAGGCAUUGAUCCUAAUAUUAGACAUUCAUUUGGUUCACAGUCUGACUCUUUCUGUGCCCAAGCGGGUGGGAGUUCUAGGACGAAACAACGUGUCUAUGGAGUGUGUCUUUGUCUUCGGAUACGGUGAGAGUUUUUCUUCAAUGUCUUGGAGCAGGAAGCGAAGCAGCGAACGGGAUUUUGUUGAUGUGGCAAGCAUGGAUUCCCAAGGUUUAAAGGGGUACAUCCCUGGGGAGGGUGAUUAUCUAAUGAACAGAACGGUGUUGAAAUUCUCCCCGGACACGUUCGUCAUCACAUACAUGGAUGUUAGGCGCGAGGAUGAAGCUACAUACAGAUGUACCGUAUCAUACUUUUCCGAAAAUAGUCGACUUGUCCAGUCUGCAGAAAUGUUUUUUAAAGUACAAGAGCCGUCAUUAAAUCCGUACAUAAUUGUAGGAAUUGUGGUUGGGUGCAUUGUUGCAGUCCUCUUGAUAGUAGCAGUGAUCAUAUGUAUCAGGUACCAAAUUUUGCAUGCACUAUAUUUGGGGAAACUUUUCAGUCUAUCGAGUUAGGGAAUAAUAUCUAGAGGUGGGAUCAGAUAAAAACCUACGAUCUGUCAUCGGAUAUUGGCUGCAGAUCGGGGGUCCUCUAUUACAGAGACACUGUCUUCACCUCACUGCCAGUAAUUGUAGCAUGUGUCCACAUAGAACCUUUUUAAUGACUAAAUUAAAGAGAUUGUCUUCACCUCGCUGCCAGUAAUUGUAGUAUUUGUCCACAUAGAACAUUUUUAAUGACUAAAUUAAAGAGAUUGUCUCCACCUCGCUGCCAGUAAUUGUAGCAUGUGUCCACAUAGAACCUUUUUAAUGACUAAAUUAAAGAUACUGUCUUCACCUCGCUGUUAGUAAUUGUAGUAUGUGUCCACAUACAGCCAGUUUAAUGUCUAAAUUAAAGAGAUUGUCUUCACCUCGCUGUCAGUAAUUGUAGCAUGUGUCCACAUACAGCCAGUUUAAUGUCUAAAUUAAAGAUACUGUCUUCACCUCGCUGUCAGUAAUUGUAGCAUGUGUCCACAUACAGCCAGUUUAAUGUCUAAAUUAAAGAUACUGUCUUCACCUCGCUGUCAGUAAUUGUAGCAUGUGUCCACAUACAGCCAGUUUAAUGUCUAAAUUAAAGAUAUUGUCUUCACCUCGCUGUCAGUAAUUGUAGCAUGUGUCCACAUAGAGCCAGUUUAAUGACUAAAUUAAAGAUACUGUCUUCACCUCGCUGUCAGUAAUUGUAGCAUGUGUCCACAUAGAGCCAGUUUAAUGACUAAAUUAAAGAUACUGUCUUCACCUCGCUGUCAGUAAUUGUAGUAUGUGUCCACAUAGAGCCAGUUUAAUGUCUCAAUUAAAGAGACUGUCUUCACCUCGCUGUCAGUAAUUGUAGCAUGUGUCCACAUAGAGCCAGUUUAAUGACUACAUUAAAGAGAUUGUCUUCACCUCGCUGUCAGUAAUUGUAGCACGAGUGCACAUAGAGCCAGUUUAAUGACUAAAUUAAAGAGAUUGUCGUCACCUUAAUUUUUAGCAACACGCGCCUCCCGCGUAACUGGGGCAUGCAAGACGUCACGUGACACCGAUAAGAGCAUCUUAGUUGUGCGCGGUGGUUUUACAGACUGCUUGUUUUAAACGCACACAUUUUUUCACAGGAUUACUGAAUAUGGGAACAAUAAAUUGUACCGGUACUCUUUGUUUGGAAUUACGUAUUACCACUACAGAAUAAUUUAACACAACCAAGUGAACAUCAAAAGUCAACAAGUAAAUCUUUUACACUCAACCAGCAGAUCGCACGUGGUA